GUAGCGUCAUCAGUUUCGAAACCUUUGAGCCAUAAAAACGAGGACCUAAGUGCUAGCAUUAAAAAAACGUGUGACGUAUCCAUUUGCUUCCUGUUAUACUUUAAAUAAUAAUACGCAAUAUCAGCCGGCCGACUUGUGAAUGAGUAACAGCUGUUAAGACUGACAGUCAGCAGUAACCGAGGCGAGGAAAAAGUGUAAUGUUUAACACGAUGCUAGCGCACAUGACAUCACAGGCCGGGGCUGGGCUGACUGAAUUACUCGCUGAAAGGCAGGCAAACCGCAGCUUUAGGCAAGUACAAACAUAUCCUUGAAAUCGGGACAACAAGCAGUAGCAUCGGGUCGUACUUCAGCUGGACACAGCGCCUUAAAUGCAAGGUACUCAAAAACGCACAUGUAAAUUAUUACUCGAAUACAAAACGACAGAAACACAAUAUGUAAGAAACGUCUUCAUGUACGCAUCAUAAACAGCUGCCUUUUGGGUGAAUAAUACUAAUACUAAUACUACUAAUAAUAAUAGGCUUCGGAAAGCGGUCCUGGAAAAGAUCGUGCGUUUCUUUCUCUUUUACUGGCGAACACACUGUCCGGAGUAUCCAGAUGUUUAAGAACAAUGCAUAGAAUUAAAAACUAACCCAGGGGCGCUGCGAAACAAGUCUCUGAAACAUAUUUAGUGCCACGGUGAGACCAGCUCUUUGGAGUGAUGAUGAAUCCACAGAAAGAGCUGAAAGAAGGAUUUUUGGAAAAAAGGAGCAACGGUCUUUUGCAGCUGUGGAAGAAGAAACGCUGCGUGUUGACAGAGGAUGGACUGCGUCUUUUUGAAUGGAAACGGAGCGGCGGUGGUAGCGGAGCCACUGGACUCGGUUCCGGCUCCGGGCCUCAAUCUAAAGCUAAAGAGCUACGAUUUGAGCGGAUGGCCACGGUGGACUGUGUCGAAUAUAAGCGGGGACUGGUGUACUUUACCAUCGUCAUGGCAGGGGGCAAGGAAAUUGACUUCAGAUGCCAGCAAGAUGGGACCGCCUGGAACGCUGAGAUAGCACUUGCCUUGGUUCGCUUUAAAAACCUUCUUGCCGUGCAGACUGGAAGAACCAGACAUCUGUCUCACCUAGGCAGCACCGGGGAUGAUGAAGCACCAGAAUCGUGACAAGAAGAGACCAUGCACACUCAUGAUUGGAUUUGCAUAAAAUUACAAGACCGAAAAGGUACAGAAGGUACAGAACCUGGGUAAAUGCAAUCUUUCAUCAAUACGAUUACAGUGAACUUGAUGACUUGCUCUCAAAAUUAAAACUGAAACACUAACCCUUUUAUACCUGCAUUACUGGAAAUCAUCCUAUUAGAAGUAUGGAACUGUUGUGAAACAUCAUCUGCAAAGUUUUGGACAAAGUGCAUGAUGUUGUUUUGUAGAUGAUGGAUUGUUUGCCUCAAAUAUUUGAAGACUUCGGGAUUUCACUGACUGAAGAUUAAAUGACAAAAUGACACGUCUAUGGACAAUGACAUCUCUGCUUAGUUUUCUUUAUGCUAUAUGAUAUCAUCGUUUGUCUAGCAACUACAGUACUUACUGCAAAUUUGUUUUCUGUGCACACUGAGACAGUUUUUUUGUUGAACAGCAACAAGUCUGCACUUUGCUCAGGUUCUGGGUUUCUGCCUAAUAACUCAUACUGUAUCUUGAUAUACGGCAGGUGCAGACAUUUUCUAGAAUAUUUUCAUGUAUUUCAUUUAAUUCAAAAUCUAGGUUUAAGUUGACAUUUAGAUAAGGUUACAUUUGGUUUUAAAAAGACUCCAUUUUACCCAUUUAUGAUUUUUAGUUUCUCAAGCAGGCUCCUGAAAACUAGUAUUAUAGGGACAGGAACAGGACUCCAUACUUAUAAAACAAAGGUUGUUCAUGGCAGGGGCUGUACUGAGUUGGAAAUGUAGGGGAUUUUUAAAAAUAGAUUUCAUUAUUCUUGUGUCAUUGCUUCAUUCUUUCAUUCAUACAGUCUUGUAGAGCCUUAGGCUAAGUCUCAAGUAAGACUCAGGGGAAAUACCCAGAACUUACUUCAGAAAUCUUAAGCUUUUAUUUUUUUAAAUACUCUGACAGUAUCAUAAUGUACAUGAAAGAAAAUCAUUAAUCUGGCUGUAUUGAUUUACAAGCCAACUACUUGUUUCUUAGCCCUAUGAUAAAAUACUUACAUCACAAAUAAUGUAAGUAUUUUAAUUGAAAUAAUUGAGGCAAUAAUAUACAUGAAGAUGGAUGGCUUUCGGAUAAAGUCCUAAAAUGUAAUAACUGCGCAAAUGAUGUAUCUAUAUAUAAAGCAUUAUUUUGAGGUCAGAUUAUUAAGAUAUUUGUAAUUCUGCUAACUAUAGAACAUCAGAUAUCACAAUACUUCACUGUUCUUAAAACUUUUUGUCCCAGUACUCUUUUUGUGCUGUUGGGGGAAAAAAUAACAUUUAUAUUAUUCAAAUAAAUUUAAGUAACCUAUAAUGUCAUACACUUUCCUGUAUUGUUACUUCUUUAUCAAGUUUCUUUCAGUUUCCAUUUAUUUUGCAGAUAUGUAGCAAACCUCAUAUUGAAGUAAAAGCAUUUGUCAGUAUUUGACGAUCAAGAGGAAAAAAUAAGCAAUAAACAGUUAAAUAGUGAAAUGUUCACUCGAAUAUAUUAUUUUAGAAUGUAUGUCUCCCAAAAGGAGUUUUUUUUGUAGGAAAAACAUAAGGUCACUGGUUAUGACUUUCAUUGUUACUAGUGAUAACAUUAGAAAGUUGGACCUUUUAUUUGUAUUUUCUUAUAUAAGUUUUACUACUACAAAGGUUUCAGACAUGAGUGAUGUGUGGGCAGAAAUAGAAUGUUUUUAGGCUCAUGAUAAAUGAAACAGUGUUAAUGCAUGAAAAAUUAAAACAGCUUUUCUCCUACAGGAUUCAUGUCUGACUUUUUUGUGAAGGUGUUAACAAGAACAGUUAAAUACAGUUGACUCAAUGUAUUAUUAAAGAUGCUUUUGAGAAAAACAAAAGAAUCUUAUUUUCACAUGAUGAAGAUGUGAUUGGAUAAUGUCUGAAUGUUCUUGGGUCAUGAAUGGAUAUUGUUUGGUCUCGGUUUCCUUUUUUAUGCCCUUACUCAUUGCUUCAAGAAGUUUUAAAUAUCUAAUUGUCUGAAACAGACUAAGGUUUUGCUUAAAGUGUUUUAUUUUUUUAUAUUAUUAUUAUGAAGAAUAGUGGUAGUAGCAGCAGAAAUAAUAGCAAAUAAAAGCAUCUUGAGAAUAUUUUAAUUAAGAAAUGAGAGUCCAAGAUCUAGAAAAAAAUCUAGACUUUUAACAGAUGCAUUUUGCAAUGCAUUGUAUUUUAUUUGGAAAAAUAAUUCCUAAUGUAAAGUUAUAAGGACAGGAGAUAAAAAAUAUACUGCAUCCUUCUGCACUUCUUUUAUAUUGUCAGAAACCUUCUUUAAUUAACAUAAUCAAACACAAGUGCAUGUCAUUUGGAUAGCCUUCCUAUUGGCAGCCUUUCAAAGAACAAAAUUGUGGAUAACAUAUUACUUUUAUGACAUAUUGGUAUUCAGAGAUGUAGAAUGAUACUUCAGUAAUGCGUUUUGAUGGGUAAUGAGUAACUGAUAAGUAGAAUAUUUUGUGAGGGGACUAAUCACCCUUGAAGCUGAGAAGGGGGAAUCAAGCACAGUUUUCAACUAAUGAGAUUGAGAGUUCAUGUACAUUUAAAGUUGGGUUUUAUACCUACCUUUAGUCUUUAACAGAAGUUUAAAAUUAUUACUAUAAUAUUCAUGCUGCAAAAUGCUGCUCUGAAUGAUCUUGUUUUUAUAUGCACUAAUGAAACCACCUGAGAGUGGGGAAAGAAAGCUUUUAUACUACUAAGAAAUAAACACAUUCUGAAGACUCAGAAAUAAAAAUAUAAUAUAAUGUAAUGAACUUGAAGGAAGAUUUCAUUUAAUUUUCUAGUUAGUAUAAUUCUGCUGCAAGUAAGUUUUCACUUUGUUACAGUGUGUGAUUGUUACAGUCUAUAAACAGCACUAGGUCAUACAAAAAUAAUGAAAUAUUGUGUUGAUAGGAUGUCCAUUUAAUAAACAUAUUAAACCAUGUAAUGCAACAAUAAAUGAGCAACAUUUGUUAGUUUAUUCUUUCCAAAUGUUUUAAAAUAACAAACAUUAAACAUUUGGUUGCGAAAAACCUCUGGUUCAAGAUGGUCCUGAUGAGCAGUUGCAUCAUAGAUCAGUCCUCUUUCACAAACACAUUAUUGUUUGGCCUAGUGGGCAGUGCAAAGCCUGAGAGGACAGUGCUGACCAGCAAAGGAACAGGAAAACACAUUUCUCAGAGGUCACUCUGUCCAAAAGUAGGGGCGUUGGUUUCCAUGGAAAUGCGUGACAAAUUUUGGCACUGCAGACCUGAAAUUUACCAAUAAAAAAGGGGAUAGAGUACAGAUUUAAGAUUUGCAUACUAAAAUGCUGGGAAACCACAUUAGUUUGGCAAUGUAAAAUGGCAAGUCAUUUGAUUUAUCACUCAAGGAUGGUAAUGGAUCUAGUUCACCAUUGUACUUUUUAUACCAUUUUUGUUUAUGCUUUAUUGUUAAUUCAGAAGAUAACAUUUCAUUGUUUGCUUUUAAAACAAUGUUUACAAAUUGUUGACAAAUUGUUUACAAGUUUUCAGACUUAGAGCUGAUGUCUGUGGUGCUGGAAUUACCAUAUUAAUCAGAUUUCUUCCCAAGGCAAUUUGCAUAAAGUAAUCAUUAUUUGCAUGACAAUAAUUCACAAUUGCAAAGUUAACUAUAAUUAUGUCACAUGAUACUACAACCAGAAAAACAUCAUAAAGCCAAAGUUACAGUAUAAUCUGCUGAAAGUAUAAAUAAAAUGCAAUACACAGCACAGGAUAAAAAUGGCAACAGAUUAACAAACAAUAUGAUCUAGCAAAAACAGAAAACGAAACAAAAGCCAUAAUCAGGUUUUACAUAUCACAGCACUCCACCCCCUCUUGUAGACUUGUAGGUUUCAAUCAAUGCAAAGGGGAUUAUGAAUUGGAGCUGUCAGGGUAAAGAGAGCAUAGAAAUCACAGGUUUAGCCUAAAAAGAUGAGGUGUGAGAAGGCUGUGGAAGGUUGUUGGGAAUGAACUGUCCUGGUGUCUUAUGUUUCCAUCACAGAGGUGCUAGAAAAGAGGAACAGCAAAGGCCAUAUUACACUAUUGGUAUUACUUCUCCAUGCAUAGUAGUGGAGGAGUAGAAGGAAUACAAGGAGAGCCAAGGGACUCUUAUAACUCUUCCUUGUCAGUACUAAUUAGGUCCAUCCUGUAUUAACCUUCCUUCUUUUUUUCCUCUCCUACCCCCUCACUGUUCUAAUCAAUCAUGUAAAAUCCAAUGACUGUGGCCCCGGCUAUGACAAUUUGGGUGACUUCAGAAUCAAGUUCACAUUCCUUCUUCAGCAGCUCCAUGCAGAAACAAAGAGACUGGCCCCAAGGGUGAACUGUGACCUUACAACUUGAGUACUUUAGCUCUGCAAAAUGUUUCAUAUAUUGAAAUGUCAUUUACAUAGUUUAGAAGACCCCAGAGCUGAGAAAGUUGAAAAACUAACAUAAUUCUGCAACCAUUUGGCAUUUCCUUGUAAUGACCUCUUCCAUGGUAAUACCCCGUGUCUCAUUUUUAAAAAUACAGUGCCCAAGUUAAAAUAAGCAGCCUUCACUUGAUAAUACGUACGGUAUGUGACUCAACCCCAAACACAAAACAGCAUCUAGUAGUUUGGUCUUUUGCAGAGUCUUAGGCAAACUCUUACAGAAUGCUGACACGACAUAAGAAUUGGUGUGGGAAAGUAACCAGUUCAAAAAAAAUUUUAGAUGCUCAUUUUGGAUGGAUUUGUAUUUCUUUUUGUGUUUGUCUAUUUCUUG